CUGGUAGCCAAUGGAGUGGGACGUGUGCGUUGUUGUGCUGAAGUGUUAAAAGGAACGAUUUUUUUUUAUCCCGACCGAGGAUUUAAUUUCACUGAAGAUAAAGAAGUGGAGAGCAAAAAGUGUUGUUUAUAACUGCACCAAAUCGCCCCCGCUGCAAGAUGGCCCCUUCCCCUUGUCUACCAACGGGCCAAGCCGAGACACUGCCGCCACUACCGAAGCUUAAAAGACUGUCAACUUUUCGUAAGAAAUUGCCAUCUCAGGGAACAAACCAAGCUCGGAAUGAAAGAUGUAUUCCUUGCGUCGACACACAAUCCUCGGUGUCAGGGCAAAUGGCACCAGAUCUUUCCACAGACGUGCAUGGAACAACGCCAAGCCUCACAGUACCUCACACGAACCACACAGAGCAAGUGAUGCAUACUAAGGCGUCCUAUAUGCAACAAAGGAUUUUUCCAGUUAGAUCUCCCUCUGGGUAUGCCACAGAUCAUAUUUCCUCACAACAUGCAUCUCCAUCAACACAGCAGGAAAAACAACCAACGCUCAUAGUACCUCAGAGGAACCCCACAGAGCAAGCGAUGCAUACUAUGGCGUCCUAUGGGCAACAAAGGAUUCCUCCGGUUGGAUCACAAGACAAUCUAAAUUUCACAGGAUAUUUUUCUCCCUCUGGUUAUGCCACAAAUCAUCUUUCACCACAACAUACCCUUCCGUCAACACAGCAGGAAAAACAGCAGAGGUUCGACUCAAGUCACAAUGUAUCCUCACAGCAUAACGAGUGGAGGAGACAAAUGCAACUUCAGCAUUCCCGGGUACCUCAUCCUCGCCACAGGAAUGCUCAUCAUAGCUAUGGACAUGAUUACAGGUCUAGUUUACAUAUACACCAUUCAAAUUACAGUCAGCACUUCGGAAAUGCUGGUCAACAAGCACACGAAGCAGGAAGGGAAGAAUCCCAUCAGUCACGGCUUCCACACCAGAUGCAUCAGUUUUCUAGACAGGGAAUGCAGCACAUGUCUCAGGAUGCUAUGCAAAUGUAUCGGCAAAAUGGAAGAGGCUUGCAAUACCACUGUCAAAAUCAAGUAAAAAGAGAAGAAAACCACAGACAGUACCAGUCACAAAUGCAGGUAUACAAACAACAAAAUCAGGGUCAGAACCAAAUUAACCGCAUGCAACAGUAUUAUGCGCAAAUGUACCAACAAAAUGGGCAGAAGCAAUAUGACCCAGACCUGCAAUACAACGGCCGACAUCAAGUACAAAUGGGAGAAGAACAUCAAAUGUCACAAACGGAAAAGCAUACUAUGAUUAUGAAGGCAUACAGAAAACGAAGCCAGCAUCGGGACUUUAUAAAGGACUGGCUAACACAGUUCAGUCAUUCCAAAACUCAGCAGGUGCACAGAACAGAGGAAGAAAAAGAACUGCCACAACAGACGAAUCAACAACUCCAUAAUCAUCAAGGCGUAGGUGGUAGUUCAGAACAGCAUUGGCAAGCCAGUCGUCGACUGCUGCAUUACAAGAACCUGGAAAAGGCAAACGAAUCUUGUUCCAAAGGUAACGCUAACGGUGCUGGUUCUCCUAAGAACAACAUUACUCCCCAGGACGAAAAUACUCCUCCGAAUCACCUCAACGCUAAUCCUCAAAGCCAAAUGGAUCCUUUGCCAGGAAAGACUGACGUAAACCACACGCAACUUCAUCCCCAGACGAGCACUGGCAUCACUUCCACUCCCUCGUCUGUAAGUGAGAACCUGGAACACACCACAAUGGUUGGAGGCCACACACUUAUCUCAACAGAAACUUUCUUAUCUUACUUGAAGACGUCAGCUGCAGAGGAAGACAACGGAGGUAAUACUCGUCCUCCUGCAUCUGCUCCACACAGCAGCACAAGAGUCAACGCUAAGACCGGCGCUUCGGUCAGGUUUAUUGACCUCCUUGAGGAUGAUGAAUGUAAUGAUGUGGAGGACGCUAUAGUCUCACCGCGAAGUUCCUCCUCGAGCACAGACCAAGAAAAAGAAAUGAAUUACUGUGAUGAAUCAGAAAAUAUUGCACAGCUCGGUUCUUCAUCUUCCGUUUAUAAACAGGUUGACCGGAAUUCGGAUUCCGAAAACAGCUUCACAGAUAAUAUGCAGAGAGAAAUGGACAGAGAAACCCACACAGAUGUUACUGAACUCGAUGGCAGUUUUCAACCUACAAACAUGCUGAAGCCAUCCGAGAGUAUUCCAACGCUAGUUGGUUGUGAAUCUGAUAGUGGUCCUACAAUACUAGAAUACCGUGAAAUAGUAACAGAGAAAUGUAAACACCCAGAAAAUAAUGCAUUAAUCCGCCCUACCUCUCCCGUUAAUAAACAGGGUGAGCACAACGCUGUCGACAUCCAAACCGAGAACACGCAAAGAGAAAUUAUUGAAGAAACUCGCAGUGCACUCACAGUAAGCGAUUGUGUAACACCUGCAAAUAAUCCAGCAACACGAGCAAAUAACGAAAAAGAAAUAGGUAAAUAUUGCGAAUUCGAAAAUAACACAAUUCUCUAUUCUUCCUCUCUCGUUCAUAAACAGGCUGACCGGAAUUUGCACACCAAUUACAACUUAAAUGAUAACUCGCAAAGAGAAAAGGAUGAUAGAACUCAAUCACCAAACAUCUCAUCAGGUAACGUAGAAAUAGGUAUACCUCAGUGUGGCUCCUUUCCGUCCCCAGAAGCUCCUCCACAAUUCAACAGUUUCCAAAAUGCAAGUAUGUUAGACGCGUGUGUAAAUGAUCGUUUAACACCACCUGAUAGCGAUCCCCCCACACCAGAAAACCAUGAAAAAGAAACGGAUAAAUGUAGGGAUACAGAAGAUGCAUUAUCCCGUUCUUUCUCUCAUGUUUAUAAACGAAGCGGCGAGAACACACACUUCGAAAACAACGUAUCAGAGAACACGCAAACGGAACUGAGUGAAGAAGCCCCUACAUCACCUGAAUUCUUAUCAGAUAACUCGGAAUUGGGUUUGGUUCGAGGUGUCUCUUCUCACUCUGUAGAUGCUACUAUACAAUCUGGCAUUUUUCGAACUAAAAAACCUCCUAGAUUCAUCGUUCGUGCAGCACCACCUAAGAGGGAUCCCGAAACAUCAGGAUAUGAAAAAUACUCAACUGGAUAUAAAUCAAAAGCAAAAAAUAAUUGCAAGACACCUGAAAUAAGUACACCACCUGCAGGUGAUUGUACUUCCUCUGCAGGUGGUUUAACUCCUACACCAGAGGUAAACAAGCUAGUGAAUGUUUUAACACCAUCUACACCAGAGGCAGAUAAUGUGAAUGAUUCUACAUUGCAAGCUGCUGUUUCUACACCGCCUGCAAUUACGGUACAACUGAAUGUUCCACAAUAUACACCUGUUUUGACACCAUUAACAGAUACUUGUGUGACAGCUGCGUAUACACCCCCGUCACCAUGCAUUCCUGCACAACCAACAGAAGUAUCUAUAACAUCGGUAGAUGCUAACAAACCAUCAAUACAAGCAUCUGAGCCGUAUUUACAAGUUCAGGAUUCACCUGAAAAUCUUAGCAAUGGACUUGCAAAUAACCGCAGUCCAUCUCAGGUGGUUCAUAAACUACCUAUACACGCUCAUAAAAUGCCCGAGUUAGUGCCUAUCCGACAUGCGAGGCGUAAAAAACGUGUUCCUGAGGGUCCUUCCCCCGAAGACUUCGUAAGUAUUCGUAAUUCGCCUGAAGAAAAGGAAAGUUAUCAUUCAGAAGUUUAUGCCGUAGGUGUACGAAGAAUGGACACGAGUCAUCACGAACAAAUUUUGCAAAGAAUUGAUUUCAGAGCAAGAAUUCAGGAAGGUUCAGAUGCACCAGACAGACAAUCGAUAGGAAGUAUUUUCCACAAGAACACUUCGCAAGAUGAUUGCUCAGUAAUUGAACAGCUUACUCUUAGUUCACCAAACAAAACCGAGUUGGAAAAUGGUUGCCACAUACGAACUUUAGACAUGAACUUAACGGAAGAUGAACGACCUUUUAGAUGCACUGCUCCGAGUGCAGCAGACGGAGCCGAAUCUGAACCAAGUCAUCACGAGCAAAUUAUGCAAAGAAAUUAUUCAACAAAUGCUCAGAAUGCUCCAGACACGUCAGGCAGACAUGAGAUAAACACUAGCUACCACAUGAAGAGUUUGCAGUUUUCAUUUCCAUCAAAUAGUUUUCACUUUCAUCCAAACGCGAUAGAGAAAAACAAUGUGCUAACUGGUUGUCUCAUGCAAGCUUUCAAUGUCAGUGAUUCAACAAGUAAUCAACCUGUUCCACGCACACUGCACAAAUCUGAAACUAGUCAUCUCAAACAAGAAAUGGUUAACAGCGUGGCAAUGUUCAUGAAUGCUGACCUGUUCCCAAACGCCGGUGAGAGACCCAAACUUGAAACGACGGUGCAGUGUCUCACGUGCUACGAGACUGUCGAAGGCGAGGAUGCCUGUCACCAUAUGUUCUUCGGUCAGUUGAAAUGCGAGAAGUGCGACGAGAUCAUCGCCAGCUGCAAGGACCUGCAACGCACCCUCAGCUCCGUCGAGAUGUGCAAGAAGAACUCCAGAAGACCACAUCGUUACACCGAAUGGAACAUCCCGCCCAUCGACUUCCUCUGUUACAGAUUACGGAAGACGGAAAAGGAUGGAUCGUUCUUAUCCACGCUGGAGGCUAUGGAGAGGUACCUCGAGAUUCUGUCGCCGCUGAAAAACACGAAACUAUGGAAAUCGGCGCUGAAGAAAUGUCAGGCUUUCACGACCAUGAUGCUAGCGUCCUCACGCCAGGAGGGAGACAGGAAGAAGAGGCAAAAGAACCAAAACACGACCGAGAAGAAACAAAAGACGAAAUAAAACUGAAAAUUUAGAGAUGAUAUGAAACCGUGUUGUGAAAUAACAAGAGACAGUGAAACCGCUAGAAACAAAAGCCACUAUAAAACCGUGUUUUAGAGUUUAAAAUGGAGUUUAAAUAACACAAUGGUAAAGAGAGAUUACUACAGAAAAUGCCAGUGGUUCAAUUAAAACCAGAAAUGCAAAUGAAUAAUAAUAAUAAAACAAUGGUGCUAUUUUCACAUUUUUUGUACAAAACAAAAGUAAUGUAUUUUUUUUUGUAAGAUUUGUUAAUAAAUGUGUAAA